AUGUAAUAACAAUCAUAAUUUUAAACCAAAAAAAUAAAUAUUCUCCAUUUUAAUGAUGCUUAUGAAAUCGGCAGUUAAGAAAGUGAAAACCCAACUGCUACAGUCGGCGGAGUUUCCCGUUUCAAAACAAUAUGCAAAAAUUUCAAAGAAUAAAAUCCCCAAAACAGUCUUAUAUUAUUCAGCGGAGAUUUAUUUUCCCCUUCCACAAUGUCUUUAUUAUAUUAAGGUUAAUAAAUGUUAUAUCCAAUAAAUUCCUUAAAUAUAGAUGCUGCAUGUGUAGGAAAUCACGAUUUUGAUUAUAAAAUAGAUCAUGUCAUAAAAUUAACGUCUAACUGUAAUUUUCCAUGGUUAUGUAGUAAUAUAUUUGACGCAAGUACUGGUAAAAACGUAGCUGAUUUUUUACCGUAUUAUACAAAGGAAUUAAAUGGCAUAAAAGUAGGUUUUAUAGGACUUGCAGAAGAAGAAUGGCUUGAUACAAUAGUAGAAAUAGACAUAUAAACUUUAAGAUAUCAAGAAUUCGUUAAUUGUGCGAAAGAAGUUUGCCAAGUAUUAAAAGAAGAGCUUUAAUGCGAAUUUAUAAUUGCGUUAACACACAUGAGAAUACCUAAUGAUAAUAUAUUGGCUGAAAAUGUUCCUGAAAUUGAUUUAAUUUUAGGUGGACAUGAUCAUUGUAAAUAUUUCAAAUGCACCUAAAACAAAUGUGUAAUAAUUAAAAGUGGUUGCGAUUUUAAAGAAUAUUCCAUAAUAGAAGUAUAUAUCAAUAAUACUCAAAAAGGAAAUUAUUAAUUAAAAAAUGGUCAUUCGCUUAAUAUGGAUUUCUAUAAAGUUACCAAAGAUAUACCCGAAGAUCCAGAUAUUCACGCCUAUGUUGAAAAAUACAUUCAAAAAACAAAAGAAGAUAUGGAUAAAGUAAUAGGAUAUACAAAAUGUCCUUUAGACACCUAAUUUAGUACCGUAAGAACUCAAGAAAGCAAUUUUGGAAAUUUCUACGCCGAUGUGAUUAGAAAAGACACUUAAGCCGAUAUUGCUAUUUUAAAUGCAGGGACAAUACGAUCAGAUUGUAUUUUUGAAGAAGGAGAAAUUACAUUUUAAAUGAUGUGUAAAGCAUUGCCUUUUGCCGAUGUAAUAGUAGUUUUAGAAAUGAAUGGUUUUUAAAUAGUAUAGGCUUUAGAAAAUGGUGUUUCUAAAUGGCCUAAUUACGAUGGAAGAUUUCCUUAAGUUUCGGGUAUGAAAUAUUCUUUUGAUCCCAGAAAAGAGCCAAUGUAGAGAAUUGUAGAUGUUUGGGUAGGGAAUGAGAAAAUCGAUUUUGUGAAAAAAUAUAGUGUGGCGCUUAAAUAUUUCAUUAGUUUAGGAAAAGAUGGAUAUGAUAUUUUAAGAGAAUGUAAAUAUAUUGUAGACGAAACUAAUGGAUAGCCACAUUUGAAAGUUACUUUAAUAAUAUGA